AUGGUUGCGACGGGCGCGAACGCACAAACUUUGCCCGAGAAAAAUUACGACCCGCCCCGAUCCAUGGAUGAGAUCGCGGAAGGAGCCCUACGGGUGCUCAAACAUAUAGAAAACAGUGGCACGGAGGAUCCAUAUGUCACUGGAUUCAUCCGCUCUGUCCGCAGAUACGCGUUGAACGCCCAAAGGGGCGACGGCCAGGGGAUGGCCAAGGUGCUUGAGGCGUUGACUGAGAUCAACGCCAACACCGAACGCCUGAACCAACGAGUUCAGCAGAUAGAAACCACGAUUUCUGCCCCGACGAUGAAUCCCGCGGCGGCAUGGCGCAGCUUCCGCGCCAAAGACCAGGCCACGACUGCGGCGCCCAUCACCCGGGACAGUAACUCACCGUCUCCAGGGGUGGUUGAAACCCGCGAGGAUCGGGAGGUGGUGGUCAAAGUUGGGGGGAACCGGGAGCAAAUCCGGAAAUUAACCCCAAAGGACCUGGUUGAGAGGGCUGAGGGUCAAAAGACCCCGAGUGGGCACUCAUUUGUCGCUGCCCGCAAGCUGCCGUCCGGGGAUGUGGCGAUGAUCGCCAACAGUGCUGCAGGGGCACAGGCCCUCCGCAAACAAACUGCGUGGCUGAGAGCCUUUGGACCAGGCUCGGUGGCCCAAGAACCUUCGUGGGGAGUGGUAGCAUACCAUAUCCCCGUGCGGUCGAUGAAGGUCUCUCCGGAGACGAUGGCGUCCAUUGCGACUGAGCUACUAGCUCAGAACAACUGGGGUGAAAACGCCAAGAUCCAGUACCUUGGAUGGAUGACACGCCCGGGUGAGAGGGCGGAGGGCUCGAUUUUGAUCGAGUUCACCAACCCAGUUGUGGCUAAUCGCGCCAUCGCCUCGGGAGUCAUCUGGGGUCGUCAGAUCCACCACGCCGCGCGAUUCUGCCGUGAGGGGCGGAUCAAACUAUGCCGGAAGUGCGAGAAACCUGGGCACAUCCAAUCACACUGCUCCAACGAAAGCAGAUGCGGCCACUGCGCUGGCGGGCACCCGACCUGGGAGUGUUCAUCGGCAAAGGGACGCACGACACCAAUUAAGUGCGCCAACUGUGGCGAAGGGCAUCGCCCUACGAGCCGGGAAUGCCCGGUAAAGACUAAGGCAAUGGAGGAGGCCAAGCAAGCGCUGGCCAAUUGCCCUGCUUAUCACCGAGUGUCUAUGCACUUCCAAGCGACAACGGAGGCUGGGAGAGGAGCAACGGCAACCAGAAAAGAAACCACACAACAAGAGGGAAUCGGCACAUCCGUACACGCCGCGGAGUGA